AUGGGCUAUCCGAAAAAGAGACUUGGGCUUUCAACGAAGAAAGAUGGCGGCUACUCGAAGUUGAUUGUCGCCUGCUCGGCCCUGCUUUCUGGAUUUACUUUCGGUUUCUCGGCUUUUCAGAAUGUCCUCACAGCCUCAUGGAAGGGUUCCUAUGGUUUGCCCCAAGAAACAGCCUCCUUGCAUCAGCGAUUCAACCAAGGCUUCCUCUACUUUGGCGCGAUGUUCCUCUCCGCUUUCUACUCCAAGCUCUCUGCUCGCGAGUGGCUCACUCUUUCCACUGUCUUUUCGCUUGUCGGCUACUUGCUGAUCUACUUUGCUAACUGGUGGCCUGCCGAGUACUUUGUCAUCCCGCAGAUUAUUAUGGGAAUUUUAUCCGGCAUCGGCGCUGGCUUUUCCUUCGGAAUCAUUUGCAUCACCCCACAGAAUUGGCUAGACGAGACUCGCAACAAAUGGAAUCCCUACCUCUUUAUUGGAGCUCCUAUCUUCAUUACUGCCCUGCUCCCGAUUACCUCCUACCUCGCCACUGUUAUGAGCUGGACAGGCGCGCUUUUGAUCAUGACUGGAAUUUUCUUCCACCAAGCCAUCGUGGCUACUCUCUUCCACCAGCACUCCUCCGAAAUCGAGAGCCAGAAACAACGAGCGCUCGAAGAGAAAGAAAACAAAGUCCCCUUUGGCGAUAAAGUGAAGGAAUUCACCGGCGUACUGAAGAACCCUGGAAUCGUCUGUAUGAUCGUUAAUUGCAUGGUCUGCUCUGGUUUUAUCAUGAGCUCGGUUUUUACGGAAAUUACGAAUGUUGCUAUUGAAAUGGGAAUUGAUGGAGAAAAGGCUGGUCAGCUGAUUUUGUGGAGCGCUAUUCCAGAGGUGCUCUUCCGACCUCUUUGGGGAGAGCUAACCAAGUGCUUCUCCGAAACCACUCUCCAAUUCGCGUGGACAGCGGUUCUCCUUGCUUCUCAAAUCGCCUUUAUCUUCGCUGAAAGUUACUGGAUGUUUGCCAUCGGCUUAGUUCUCUUUGCUCUUGGCUUGGCUGGCUACUCUGGUCUCAAAUACGUGAUUUUGAUCGACCUGGUCGGCGGGGCCAACCUCAACAAGGCCCUCUUCUUCGACCAGAUGUUUGACGGGCUGAUGACGCUUAUUGUGCCGACGAUCAGUAACCUAUUCAUCGCGGCGAUGGGCACCAAGAAGGUCUUGUUCAUUGUGAACGCUGUUGCCGCUUUUAUCACUUUGUUCACAAGCUGGCACAUCUACCGAGUGUUGAAACGAAAGAAAUACGAAGAACCAAAGAAAGACGAGAAUCAGAAUGAAAUCAACGAAGAGAACAUCGUACUUGCUGAGAAAAAAUCUCUCACUGCGAAAGAAGAAUAG